GCGUAUCAUUGCCAGAGUUUCUGACAACAACUCAGCUGAGAACUCCUUGCAGAGCUCUUCGAUCUUGCCCAUAGCACCUGCAACUGUUAGUUCAGUUGUGUCGCAAUGGCAGGCCUAUCUCUGCAGCACCCCUGGGCAUUCGCUUUCGGCCUCCUAGGCAACGUCAUCUCCUUCUUGACCUUCCUAGCCCCGAUACCGACAUUCUACCGCAUCUACAAGAGCAAGUCGACGGAGGGCUUCCAGUCGGUUCCCUACGUGGUUGCCCUGUUCAGCGCCAUGUUGUGGAUCUUCUAUGCACUGAUCAAAUCCAACGAGACGUUCCUCAUCACCAUCAACGCCGCCGGCUGUGUGAUCGAGACCAUCUACAUCGUCAUGUACUUCGUCUAUGCGCCCAAGAAAGCCAAGUUGUUCACAGCCAAGAUCAUGCUCCUCCUCAAUGUCGGCGUCUUUGGUGUCAUCCUCCUCGUCACCCUCCUCCUCUUCAAGGGUGACAAGCGCGUUGUCAUGCUUGGAUGGAUCUGUGUCGGCUUCUCCGUCAGUGUCUUUGUGGCGCCGUUGAGCAUCAUGAGACGCGUGAUCCAAACGAAGAGCGUGGAGUACAUGCCGUUCUCCCUCUCCCUCUCGCUCACCCUCAGCGCUGUCGUCUGGUUCCUCUAUGGCCUCCUCAUCAAAGACAAAUACGUCGCGCUUCCAAACAUCCUUGGGUUCACCUUUGGCGUGGUCCAGAUGGUGCUGUACGUGUUGUACAUGAACAAAACGCCGGUGGCUGUUGCCGAGGGCAAGGAUGCCGGAGUCAAGCUUCCCUCUGCUGCAGACGAGCACGUGCUCGUCAACAUUACCAAGCUCAGCCCUGCCCUCCCCGACAGGAGCUCCGGGGUGCACCGAGCCACCCAGAUGGCGGCGGUUCCCGCCAGCAGCUGCGCUGCUGAAGCAGCUGCGCCGGCGAUGCUGCCCAACAGGGACGUGGUCGACGUCUUCGUGAGCCGCCAGAGCCCAGCCGUCCACGUGGUCUAGGCUCUCCAUCGCAAGCAAGCAUGCGUCGUCGAAUCGAGUCUGAAUGCAAAUCGGACCCCCUUUUUUUUACAUUUAUCUAUGUGUGCCAGCAUGUGCGCCAUAUACCCGUUUAUCCAACCCUUAGCUUUAUUUAUUUCUCAAAUAUUCAAUUCUAGUAAAUGUGCUUUCAUGUAACCAGGCAGGAAUUUCAUUCCUCUCUAAAAUAAUCGUAAGAAUUUUCUAUAUCGUGUUAAUGUACUGUACCUUAUCUA